AUGACAUUUAUCUUUGAGUCGGUAUACGAUCUGUCCUUUACCGCCCGUGAGGUUUUGUCUACAUUGCGUCUUUUUUUAGAGUUGAGACGAAGGCAUCCCUUAUCGGACUCGUACCGAAGCAGAACCAACAUACAGUCAGACGUGUGGAAAGGUGCUACCAGCAACAAACGUCAGCAUACACCUCCUACGCCCACAUUACAAGCAGCAGCAGUGAAUACGUUUGGGAAAAAUGACGGUACUAGUAUACAGCCUCCGCGCGAACAUUUGCGUGGAAAGAGUCACGCACAACGGAAAGAGAGAAGAACCCCCGACGUGACCCUGAACGAGGCACCGAUGCACACUUCAGAUGCCGAGCGUAGAGAUCGAAGUCUGACUGAUAUGGCCAGGAUAAUCAGUUCGACGAACGUGCAAGCUGGAUCUCAAAAGAGCGACAGGGUACCGCACGGGGUGGACUCUAUUAUUUCGCACACAGGCGAAAGUGUCUCGGGCGCUUCCAACUUCAUUAGAUCGCACAUCGACAGCGCUGUUCGCCUACUGACAAGAUUGACUAUCGGGGAGAUGAAAAACAGCUCAAACUCAGAAACGGAACAGCUCGCAAUCCCGCAACAUCUGUCAGAGAGUAUGCGUGAUGGUAGCAAUGAUGAGCUGGGGGCAUUGCCAUCGCACAACUUUAGCUCUACAACUACUGGGAGUGGUAUUCAUGACAGAGUCAAGAAGAAUUCUGCGAGGAUACCAUCUGGCUUAAUUGGUUCUGAUCGAGUUAAAAAUGUCUUAGAGCUGGAUGUCGAUGAGGAGGUCUACUCGCUCUUGUGUAAGCAAGACGUGUGUAAGCAAGACGUGACUCACACGCAUGCACGCUCCUCGCCAUCACUGCAUCGGAGAAGGCAUUCGGUCUACGACAUUCCCGUGUCCUUACUAGACACGCACGCACUGGUUCCGAACUUUUCACACCUGCAACCUUCAGAUAUGCCGUCACACACCCAGCAUCAAUCCACACCGAAUAUAUACCCGCUCAACUGUGAUUCGGGUGGCAGAGAAACAGCCGACUCACCGUCUACCCAUACCACUACCAGAGACAUGACUCGUGAUAGGAAAAGUUCUGGGCACACACCGAAGACGGUUGAGAACACCCCGUUAAGAAGGGUGGAGAAGAGGAACAAUACUGCACACAGCACGGCAGAGGCCAGUCGAACAUUUGUGCGGAUUAAGCGAACAGACACUGGACAUGUGAUACAACUCGCCCGAUCAUGCCCGGUCACUGCCGAUGGCUUCAAAGCAGCCACCUCGAGGGGUCUCAAACAUUUGCAUCUCGCAUACGACCUUGGGUAUCGCUCAUGCACAGUGUUGGGGAUCCCUCUGCUGCAACGUGUGGAUUACAACGUGUAUGCGGUGUUUAAUGGCGUGAGUGAGGUGUCGCCGUUUGGGUUUGUGCAUAUGACGGUGAAGAAACGAGAGCACGUGGUGCAGAGGAGUGCCGACGACGAUUGGGAAACACAAAUGCACCAGCCAAAGUUCGUGCAUGCAAAGUCGUCUCAAGAAGGUAGCGGCAGAGGGUCUCUACGAAGCUCCGGGUCAAUGUCAGAUCUAUAUAGAAAUGUAGACGAACGAGCAGACAGCCGCCAAGGGAUAUCACGACCAGAGAAAAGUAUAAGCAGUCUCAAUCUGAGAGGGCUGGCGCGUAUGCAUGUGACAGACGACGAUGGGGUUAGAGAUAAAGUAUUCGAUUGGGAAUCAAAUAAGCCGGGGCGAGAGAUCGGAGCUGGUUACCCCCGUUGGGCCAGCACGGAAGGGCUGAGUAUGGGUGCUGACUUGGCCCAAGCAAGGUCUAAUUCACAACUCCCACAACGGCCACUACCAAAUACAGUGUUCGGGUUCAGAAGUCCUUCGCCGGGCCUAGACACCCGCGACGGGAGGGAUGGAUCUCUUAGUGUCCAGGGGCCUCUGGCGCAGGCCGAGUUUGAGAUUACCUGUGACUGCACCAAGCCUGUCAAGAGCAGGCCACGACACAUGCCACUAGCGUCGAGAGCUGAUACAAACAGAACGGCAGGGUGGGGAAAUGAUGCCCACGAGCGUGCAGAUGGGCAUACACAGUCGAGCACGCGAGUGCAACCAGACACUCCUGCAAAUAAGUAUGCUGCUACGAAUGACUUACUACGCACAGCAGCACAUCCAUACGCCUCUGUACGUGAAGGUGAGAACGGGGGGGAACACAGGUACAAUGCAUCCCCCUCAACGACAGAUCCAGACGCCCAGGGACGGGAGUGUACGCUAGGCGAGGCAUCCGAUAGGUACUGUGUGCAUGGCACAUGUUUUCUGUGGCAUUUGCACAGUCUAGAGGUUGAGGACAAGCACGUACCGUUAGAGCAGAAGGCACUCCCACCGUACGAGGAUAUGGAGAUGGCGCUGCUGUUGCUAGGUAACGGUGCGAGUGGGGGUGGAAUAUAAGUGUCAAUGUAUGACGAAAUAAGACAUUUUGUGUGGCAGAAUCAACCGCAGGUGUGUGGCUGAAGAAUUCAAUGGUGACAGGCCAAUGGCUCUGUGAAGUCUAUACGCGCAUAAACGCUCUUCCUGUUCCCAUAGAAGGUUAUUAUAUCAUUAUAGCACGGUUUCAGACCAGUGGGAGGCUAUGGUUUGCAAAUUAUAAGUGCACGCAUAGUGUGAUGAUGGUACAGAAUCGCGAGAUAAAACUAAUACAUAUAUAAAGAC